ACACUCUUCUACUGCUAGGUCACUCUUCCCUUCUCUGUCCCACUGUUUCGCUCCUUCCCUGGCACCGCUGGGGCGUGCCGUCCACUCCAUCUGGUCGCUCGGGUGCCUCCCCCAACCCUCCACUCCUCGUAGAGGGUCUAGAACACCUCCGGGGACUUUGACACUACUGGGUCAUUGAGAGUGAGUCGGGACGCAGACGGGCACUCCCUCCACCACCUUUAGGUUCACCCCCACGCGGUGACCCCAAGGUUUGACAAUUUAGUAGCCAGACUAUUGGCGGAGUCGCCUCGGCGCGGUGGAAGCCUCUCAGGACAGGGGCGGCUCGCGAUCGGGCGCAGGAGUCGGGCCAGGAGGAUCCUGCCGGUCACACUAGGGACUGCGCGCGGCGCCGAGGACGCCCCCCUCCAGCGGUCACUGCCCCGGCGGCAGCAGCUGCAGCAGCGGCAACUGCUCGCAUCCCGGGCCCGGCUCGGGUUACUCCCCUCCUCCUUCAGCAUCUCUGGCCAGACGGAGAAAACCUUACUCAAGGCUGCAACGAGUACUUUCCCCGUGCGCAAAACUGGGGUUCUGGAAAUGCACAGAGACCCGCCUCCUUUCCCGUGCGUCUCCUUCUUUGAGCCUUAACCAAGACUUCCAAGUAUCGCUCUCUUCUGGGACGCUGCUUGGAGGCUAACUGCGCUGUUUGGAACAGAUUUUGCUUCUCCGCUGGCGUUGCGUGAAAACCAGGGGAAAAGGGUUGCACUGCGAAUCUCAGGAUCUCGGGUUGUUCUUCAGAAACAAUGGUUAUUUCUUUGAACUCAUGCCUGGGCUUUAUCUGUAUACUGUUAUGCCACUGGAUCAGGACAGCAUCAUCUCUGAACCUUGAAGACCCUAAUGUGUGUAGCCACUGGGAAAGCUACUCCGUGACUGUGCAAGAGUCAUACCCACAUCCCUUUGAUCAAAUUUACUACACUAGCUGCACUGACAUUCUGAACUGGUUUAAAUGCACGCGACACAGAAUCAGUUAUCGGACAGCCUAUCGACAUGGAGAAAAAACUAUGUAUAGGCGCAAAUCCCAGUGUUGUCCUGGAUUUUAUGAGAGCAGGGAAAUGUGUGUCCCCCAUUGUGCUGAUAAAUGUGUCCAUGGUCGCUGCAUUGCUCCAAACACCUGUCAGUGUGAGCCUGGCUGGGGUGGGACCAACUGCUCCAGUGCCUGCGAUGGUGAUCACUGGGGGCCUCACUGCAGCAGCCGGUGCCAGUGCAAAAACAGGGCUCUGUGCAACCCCAUCACGGGGGCUUGCCACUGCGCUGCGGGCUUCCGGGGCUGGCGCUGCGAGGAGCGCUGUGAGCAGGGCACGUAUGGUAACGACUGUCACCAGAGAUGCCAGUGCCAGAACGGAGCUACCUGCGAUCACGUCACGGGGGAGUGCCGCUGCCCACCCGGCUACACUGGAGCCUUCUGUGAGGAUCUUUGUCCCCCUGGCAAGCACGGGCCACAGUGUGAGCAGAGAUGCCCCUGCCAAAAUGGAGGUGUAUGUCAUCACGUCACUGGAGAAUGCUCAUGUCCUUCUGGCUGGCUGGGCACAGUGUGUGGUCAGCCUUGCCCCGAGGGUCGCUUUGGAAAGAACUGUUCACAAGAAUGUCAGUGCCAUAAUGGAGGGACAUGUGAUGCCACCACGGGCCAAUGUCACUGCAGUCCCGGAUACACAGGGGAACGGUGCCAGGAUGAGUGUCCCGUUGGCACCUACGGAGUUCGCUGUGCAGAGACCUGCCAAUGUGUCAAUGGAGGGAAGUGUUACCACGUGAGCGGCUCCUGCCUCUGUGAAGCAGGCUUUGCUGGCGACCGCUGUGAGGCGCGCCUGUGUCCAGAAGGGCUCUAUGGCAUCAAAUGUGACAAGUGGUGUCCCUGCCACCUGGACAACACUCAUAGCUGUCACCCCAUGUCUGGAGAGUGUGCCUGCAAGCCAGGCUGGUCAGGACUCUACUGUAAUGAGACCUGUUCUCCUGGAUUCUACGGGGAAGCUUGCCAACAGAUCUGCAGCUGCCAAAACGGGGCUGACUGUGACAGUGUGACAGGAAAGUGCACCUGUGCCCCAGGAUUCAAAGGAAUUGACUGCUCUACCCCAUGCCCUCUGGGAACCUAUGGGAUAAAUUGUUCCUCUCUCUGCGGCUGUAGAAACGAUGCUGUCUGCUCUCCUGUGGAUGGGUCUUGUACUUGCAAAGCAGGCUGGCACGGGGUGGACUGCUCCAUCAGCUGUCCCAGUGGCACAUGGGGCUUUGGCUGUAACUUAACAUGCCAGUGCCUCAACGGCGGAGCCUGCAACACCCUGGAUGGGACCUGCACCUGUGCACCUGGAUGGCGUGGGGAGAAAUGUGAAUUUCCCUGCCAGGAUGGCACGUAUGGGCUGAACUGUGCCGAGCGCUGUGACUGCAGCCAUGCGGAUGGCUGCCACCCCACCACGGGCCAUUGCCGCUGCCUCCCCGGAUGGUCAGGUGUCCACUGUGACAGCGUGUGCACUGAGGGACGCUGGGGCCCCAACUGCUCCUUGCCCUGCUACUGUAAAAACGGGGCUUCGUGCUCCCCCGAUGACGGCAUCUGUGAGUGUGCACCAGGGUUCCGAGGCACCACUUGUCAGAGAAUCUGCUCCCCUGGUUUUUAUGGGCAUCGCUGCAGCCAGACGUGUCCACAGUGUGUGCACAGCAGUGGGCCCUGCCACCACAUCACAGGCCUGUGUGACUGCUUGCCUGGCUUCACAGGCGCCCUCUGCAAUGAAGUGUGUCCCAGUGGCAGAUUUGGGAAAAACUGUGCAGGAAUUUGCACCUGUACCAACAAUGGAACCUGUAACCCCAUUGACAGAUCUUGUCAGUGUUACCCAGGUUGGAUCGGCAGUGACUGCUCUCAACCUUGCCCACCUGUGCAUUGGGGUCCCAACUGCAUCCACACGUGCAACUGCCACAACGGGGCCUUCUGCAGCGCCUACGAUGGGGAAUGCAAAUGUACUCCGGGCUGGACGGGGCUCUACUGCACUCAGAGAUGUCCCCUGGGCUUCUAUGGAAAGGACUGUGCAUUGAUAUGCCAGUGUCAAAACGGAGCUGACUGCGACCACAUCUCCGGACAGUGUACUUGCCGCACGGGCUUCAUGGGGAAGCACUGCGAGCAGAAGUGCCCUGCAGGAACAUAUGGCUAUGGCUGUCGCCAGAUAUGUGACUGUCUGAACAACUCCACCUGUGACCACAUCACCGGGACCUGUUACUGCAGCCCAGGAUGGAAGGGGGCACGAUGUGAUCAAGCUGGUGUUAUAAUAGUUGGAAAUCUGAACAGCUUAAGCAGAACCAGUACAGCUCUUCCCACUGAUUCCUACCAGAUCGGGGCCAUUGCGGGCAUCAUCAUUCUUGUCCUAGUUGUUCUGUUCCUCCUGGCGUUGUUCAUUAUUUAUAGACACAAGCAGAAGGGGAAGGAAUCGAGCAUGCCAGCAGUCACCUACACCCCCGCUAUGAGGGUCAUGAAUGCAGACUAUGCCAUUUCAGAAACCCUUCCUCACAGCAAUGGUGGAAAUGCUAACAGCCAUUACUUCACCAAUCCCAGUUACCACACACUCACCCAGUGUGCCACAUCCCCUCAUGUCAACAACAGGGACAGGAUGACCAUCGCAAAGUCAAAAAACAAUCAGCUGUUUGUGAACCUGAAAAAUGUGAAUCCUGGGAAGAGGGGCCCUGUGGUGGACUACACAGGCACGCUGCCUGCGGACUGGAAACACGGCGGCUACCUCAACGAGCUUGGUGCUUUUGGACUUGACAGAAGUUAUAUGGGAAAAUCCUUGAAAGACCUGGGAAAGCAUUCUGAAUAUAAUUCAAGUAACUGCUCCCUAAGCAGUUCUGAAAACCCAUAUGCCACUAUUAAAGACCCACCCGUCCUUAUUCCCAAACACUCAGAGUGUGGUUAUGUGGAGAUGAAGUCACCGGCGCGGAGAGAUUCCCCAUAUGCAGAGAUCAAUAACUCAACUUCAGCCAACAAGAAUGUCUAUGAAAUUGAACCUACAGUGAGUGUUGUCCAAGGAAUAUUCAGCAAUAAUGGGCAUCUCACCCAGGAUCCAUAUGACCUCCCAAAGAACAGUCACAUCCCUUGCCAUUAUGACCUGCUGCCAGUCCGAGACAGUUCAUCCUCCCCCAAGCAAGAGGAUGGCGGCGGCAGCAGCAGCAACAGCAACAGUGAAUGACACCAAAGGACCACUGGGUAGCCGCUGGAACCCUUUCCAGAACUACAGUUCGGUUCUUCUCCAUCCUCGAGUUUGCCACCCUGUGUGAACGUUAAUCUGCUCAGUAGGCAAUUGUUGGACAUGAACCAGAAAGCUCAAAACUGAGGGUGACUGACUGUAGGUCCUUUUUGUACAGGUGGCUCAGAAGGAGAUAGCAAUGUGAUUUCCCAUUCUUGUUAGUUUUAGAACUGCACUCAUGAAGCAUGACUUAUUGUAAAAUCUUGGCUAAAAGCAUGACUGUGCAGGACUCUUUCAGUGACAUGGGUUGCAGUGGACGUUGGUAUUGUUGCUUGAAAAAUUAAAAUUUAAAUGUUUUCUUUCUCAUUUGCAUUAUAGAGCUGUACCUAGGAUUGUGCGGUUUACCACAAAAUAUACUUCAUAAAAGUGUGAAUCACUCAGCGUGUAGAAGAAAAAGGGCCAUCUUAUUGAGUUCUUACUGUUUAACUUCUUUCAGCUGGACUCGGAAUUGUAAGGAUAAUAUGAGCCCAGCAGGAACCAUUCUGCCAAGUGGCAUUACUGGAUAGACUCUGAAUAAACUCUAGAGGUGGAUAGCAAAUUUAAAUAUGAGAACUUUAGACUUCUUUUAGAAUGAGGAAAUGUACCAUUAGAAUUACCUUAGAAAUGCUAGAAUAAUUGCAGGAAUCAAUACGCAAAUGUGCCAGGCAGAAGUGCUUCUCCUCUCUAUUUGAUCCUUGGCCCACUUUAGAUACAUGACAUUAUUCUGAUUACUGUCCCCAUCAUACACAUUCACCACUUGAGAUCCGUAACAUAUCAAUAAUUAUUUCAUAAAUAUAGAAAUGAAAUAAUUUUAUUUUUGACAGAUUGGAUUGAAUGAGUGUAUAAUGAUUGGAAAAAGUUGUAAAUUUUAGGUGUAAGAUGAUGCUUAAGUUUUGUAAACCAUUAGUAAUACAGGCUGUAAUAUAGAAUUAGCAGAAAGUUUUGGUUAAUUUUUCCCUAGAAGUGACCGAAAUAUUUUUGUGCAUAUUUGAGAAAAGGGCACUUUCCUUUUAUUAAUUGUUGAUUUAGAGAAACUAUGCUUAAGCUGGUCUUUUGCAUUGCUAAUAUGACAUGUACCCCAUUUUUCAUCAGUUUGUAUUUCCAUUUUUAAGUUGUAUAUUCUAUGUUUUGUAGUGUUUGGAUUGUUAAUGAAAAAAUAUUAUAUGUUUAUUGUUUCUUGUGUUAUGGCUACUUUUGUUUUUGCUUGAGAAAAAUGCACUGUUCUUGUUUCUUUUGGAGGGAGGAGAUGAAAAUAUAUAAAUCAAAUCCAUUAAAAUUGGUCAUUACUAAAAUAGUACAGUAACCACAAGUGCAUGGCUUAUAAUGGAAAUAGAGAAGCUUUUUAAUAUUCUGAAAUGGGGUUCCUUUAGAUCCUGAGUCUUAGUUAAACCAAAGGGGAAGGGAGCAGGGAGACACUGUUACUGAGAAAGUACCACAGACUGGUCUUACUAAAGACCUUCAUUAGGGUGAUAUGAUUGAUCAUCCAAACUGGAACACUUCUGAGAGUAAGUGAGGGCAUUAUGAACAAGUAUCCUGCAGUGGGCUUAAAUGUGGGCUGUUACAGGCAAACCAGAAGAGAUGUUCAUCCUGGGCAUACUUAUGCAAUAACAUUUUUCACUCCAAGAUAGUUAUCUCAAGAGGAUGCUGAUACAUGAUGCAAGAAAGCCAGUUUCUCUUUGACCUCCCUGAGCAAGCUGAAGGGCUGAAAGGCUGAAUGAGGAAGCAACUUCAUAAGAGAAAACAGUGGUCAUCAAUCUUUUAAAGACAUGAAAUGCUACUUGGUGUCCUACCUCAGUGAGUCAAGUCACAAAUAUGUACUGCACCCCUGUUCUGCCAUUAGCAUACACAAGGCAUUGCACCCGCCAGCUACUGAGUUGGGAUAUCCAGUGCUUUCCUGUCGCACACCUGCACCUGUGAUGUUCGGUUGGUCAGGUGGAUGAGAGAACAAACACACUUAGAACAUUCACUCCUUUGAUGACUGUUUCUUUCAGGGAACUCCAAAGUUAAUUCAAGGAAAUGGGGACUCGCCUGGAACACACCUUAGAAACAAUUGAUUUAUUCCAACAGUUACCUGCUGGUUGGCCCUUUGUUCUAGGCGAUAGACAUCUAAUUGAGACACUUGUGGGUCAGUAGCCACAAAGAGUCCUUUUUGGUUAGAAAAAAAGAAGACAUCUUUCCCCUUCUUUUUUAAGAUUCAUCUCUUCAGAGCUCCAUGGUAAGUUGAGUUUCCCCAUUACUCCCUGGAGAUAAGUUAAAAAAAAAAAAAAAGAAAAAGAAAGAAAAAACAGUUUCUUUUCUCAUUCCACUAUUAAAAAAAAAAAAAAGAAAGAAAGAAAGCUUCAUGUCCAAAGGCAACAGCAAUGUAAGUAGAAAACCUGGGCAGCAGAUGCGGAUCCAAAAGGGGCACUGCCAUCCCUCCCUGUGCAAUCUUUCUGACAGAUCUCUUGCUCAGGAUGGCUGCUGUCCUGAGACAACAUUUGUACCUAAGGCAAUUCUUACUUAUUAGGGUUCACUCAGGAUUUUUCAAACAACAGAACACACAUAGCAUGUUGGAUGUCGUAAAACUACAUGUUAUAUUUGGAGAGGUCUAGUUGAGAGAUCAAAAUUUUCUAGAUACUUUCAUAUAGACUUCGAUAAAGAGAGAAAUACUUUUGUCAGAAUGAGAAUUAAAGACAAAAAGACCUGACAGUUUUUUCCCCCUGAAAUUACAACCUUUUGGACUUUUCCAGAUUAAAUAUCAAAUUUAAUUUAAUGGUGAUGUUAUUCGUCUUACAUAAUGAAGCUAUUCUCAUGACCUUUGAACCCAUAUUAAUUUGGAAUCCUAAAAAUAAUCUCUUCCCUAUACCCUGUAGAGGUCAAAGCAGUGAAUGAGCUUGGCGACAUGCAGCAAAAGCCAUUCAUGUAGGAAUGUCAGCCAAACUAUUAUACUUUCCCUAGAGGUUGAUAUAUCAGAAAAUUUAUAAACUAUUUGUGUUUCUAUAUAGAUACAUCAAAACUGGCCCAAAUGAUAGUUUGUGUGCUUGCUUUAAUAGAUAGAAUGUUAUUUGUAGUUAAUUAUAUGAUAAGGAAUAUUUCAUAACUAUUUACAAUGUUUGAUAUAGAUUCCUCUCCCAUGCUAUAGCAGUAAUGUUAACAGGGAGCUUAAUGUGUUUAUCAUUAUCUCUAUGGAAAAUUAUUCAUCGAUUUCAGGAAAACCAACAUAGAAUUUUAUAAUAGGACAGUUGUAACCUGUCCCAUCCAAAUCCAUUAGCACAAUAACUAUGUGCUGCGAGAAAUGCAAGCAACUUUAUGAAAAUGUGAUCAUGUUGACCCCAAAGAGCCACAAUAGUAGUUAUCAAUUAUUGGGAUUUUUAAACUAUAAAUAUUGCAAGAGUUACACAAGAAUAUUGCAAUACCAGUUAGAAUUCAUGUCAAUGUUAGAAGUCCACUUACCACUUAAAAUGAAAUGAAAUCAUAAAAAAAGUGAGUUUUAAGGUUAUGUUUUUAAAAUAAUGGAUUUUCUAUCUUUGAAUAACAUGUCUCAAUUAUUCACAUUAACUAUUUAAGAGGUAUGCUGGUCUUAAAAACUUUAUGUCAUGGACGUAUACCUAGAUGUGUAAAUGUGAAUCACAUGGUGUGGAUGGGUGCUUGUCUAGUAACUAAAGAUGUAUGGCCAGCUGCCCUUUUAGGGUCCUCUUAAUACUGGUGUCCUUACACUGGGUCUGUUUAUUCUAGUUCAGUAUUUAGUCCAGGCUUCCUUUUGUUAUGAACAAAUCGCAAUAUAUAUUUUUAAAAGGAAAAAAAUUAAAACACAUUAGGAUUUUCAUGAUUGUAGCAAACAAAAAAUGCUUUCAGUAUUAAAAUAUCUCUUUUCCAAAGAUGAUUAAACUUUCAACAGUAUUAGCCUACAUUGUCAUUUAUAUGACCAGCUGAGUUUAUAGAUUAAUGCAAUAAACUUUCUAAUAAAAAACUUUAAAGUGGUGUUUAUUUCUAUGUUUGAUUCUAUUGUUAAUAAAAGAGAAGAAAAACCUUUU